AAUUAAGUUCAAAUUCUCCAUUUAUAACAAGCUUUCAUGACGGAGGAAGUAUUUUCUUUGUUUGGCCAAUGAACUUUUCCAUUUUUUCAUGUCUAGCUUUUGAAAUCAAUUAUCAAAUACAUCAAGUACAACACAGUUCAUUUACCACGUUGAUCCCAAAAUUAGUGGUCAUCGGACAGAACUUAAUCAUAAGUACCAGGGUUACUAGCGUAUGAAAUGGAAACUUUGGGAUGUUUUAGUGGUCAACGAAGAUGGAUACAAAAUAUGACUUUUGCGAUCAAAAUAAACAAACGUUUUACUUUUGCAAUGAAAAUUUUAAUAAUAGUAAUGAUUGAGUUGUCUCGUACCAGAAUGCGCAAAAUAUCCUUCUUGGUGGAACAUAUAUAUGCUCUAUAAGUAAACCUUUUUGAUUCCCUAGUUAUGGUUGCUGCUUGUCCAUUUUCCUAGCCAAACUUCUCUAAAUACCUUAGUUUGAUCGAGCGUUUGAACACAACUUCUCAAAAAUUGUGUGAACUCACACUUUUUUUUGUAGCCGUUGGAUCUACAUCCAACCAUCACCAUCACUUCCAGCAUCUAAUAAAUAGACCACCUCCGUCCUAACCUAACCGGUCUCCCACCGCACCACAACAGGCGCCGCAAUUUCCUCACAUCCUUUUCUUCCACCAAGUUCCAGAUCUAGAGUUUUCAAUCUUGAUCUUCUCUAGCGAUCUUUGUGGUUCCACCUUUCCUCCUCUUCGUGGACCUUGAUGUUGCCUCCCGGCAGUGGGUGGUGGUGACGCCUUUGGUGCUCACCGUCAAAGUGGCGAAGCGGCGGGAGCUUUUCAUCAAGGUGAAUUUGGCCACGCCGCCUAGUAAUUUGUAUUGACUAGUUGCUUUGUCCGGCAAAAAAUUGGUGGAUGACCAUGCUUUAGCAACACCGGCGAAAAGUAAAAAAGGUAAAUUCUGACAACUUACCAUACAAUUCAGAUCUUAACCUCAUAGCUAACCUAAUGGCAACACAGCGAUGACACACAUCCUACCAGACGACCUCCAAUCCGAGCUCAUCGAGCACCUCCCGCCGCUUCCUCAAAGCCUUGUCCAUGCCUCCGCUGUCUGCAGGGCUUGGCGCCGUAUCGUGAAUGAUCAAGGUUUUCUACGCCGGUACCACGUGCGCCAUGGUACACCCCUAACCAUGGGCUUCUUCCACAACUCCGACACAAUUCCCCGCCCAUUCGUGCAUGUGGGCGGGUUCAGUAGCUUCUCCUUUGAGCGGCCCGGCGAGAAUGAACACCGUUGGAAGUUCAUGGAUUGUCGGCAUGGCCGCGUUCUCCUCUUUGACGAAUCCAGUGGGCAAGAUAUGUGUUUCCUUGUGUGGCACCCUAUGACUGGCUAUUGUCAUCGGAAGAUCGUCAGACAAAGCAGCUUCUUUAGACUGAAUUUCUUAAAGAGUAACACCAAUGCUGCCCUAAUCUGCGCGGCCGGCUGUGAUGACGACAAGCAUUACAUGAAUUGCAAGCCCACAAGUCCGUUCUGCAUAGCAGUCGUGAGCAGCGACUCUCGAGGACGUGUGUCUGCCAAUGUCGUCUCCUCGCUGACCGGCCCAGAGUCCAUGCCGGAGGACCUCCUGCCCGUGGGUGGUCAGAUCCGCGCGGAGCCAUGUGCCAUCGUCAACAACACCAUGUACCAACCACUUUAUGACUAUCGUGUGCUGGCUUAUGACAUAGGACAGCGCACCAUCACCGCGUUCGGGCGACCAAGGGGUGGUAAUGUCCGCCUUAUGAGGGUGGACGGUGGUGCACGGCUCGGUCUUGCCGCUGCACAAGACCUGAUUAUACGCCUGUGGGUGCGGGACACCGACGCUGAUGGCGGUUGGGUGUUGCGCAAAACAAUUGAUCUAGGCGAGUUGGUGACCGAUCUGUCCAUGGCGCCAUUGCCUUGGACGGACUCUCGGUUCCCCGUGAUGCCACCGGUGAAGAUCAUCGGGGUUGCUGAGGAGGGCGACGCAUUAUUCUUCUGGACCAUGGUGGGUGUAUUUAUGAUGUGCCCCAAAUCUUUGGAGCUAACCAAAGUGCAUGAGACUGCCGAGGGUAUGAAUAUUGUGUACCCUUAUGCUGCAUUCUAUCUCCUUCCUGCCCCAGCCCCGCAGUAAUGUGUGCCUCCCUGGCUUUGCAUUUGCUGCAUGAGAUCAACAUGUAAUAGGUUAGUGGCAAACAUUGGGUCCGACGCUUACAGGUUUUUGUCCCGUAGGGAGUACUCGAAUCUGAGUACGAACAGCGGGUUUCCUGUUAUUGUGUCGAGCUCCUACUGUAUUUUACUAUUGUAAAACUAUGCAAAUGGGCAUUACUAGUCUGACAAUAGGUUGGCUGAUACCCAGCCAAUUUUUGAAGCGAGCUGCUGUUUGUAAGUCGAUUGAGAAAUAGAUACUUCUAAGUCAGACUAAGUAAGUCUACGCAACUUCUAAUUUUUUUACAACAUAGUAUCUGCUAGCACUCUUCACAGUUGAAAGUGAACAUGUUUCAUCUGAUAAAAUCGUAUUUUACACCUAUAUAUGACGCCCACUUCUUCCUGAAAGGAUCAAUGUGGUUCAAACUCAGACCUAAGCAGAAUUAAUCAAGACCACGAAUACCGACCUGGUUCAAAAGCAGGGGGUUCAACUGGGGAAAGAGAUAAAGGAUAGACUGCAAAAGUUGAGCACUGCCAUCUCUAACGAUGAAUACCGGCCGCGACUUUUCAGACAACAAUCACGACAUCAUAUAGUGUUUUUUCGAAUGAGUGGACUUUUUAUGCUUUAUUAAUACACAUUUAAUCACCCAACAUGGUCCACGAUCUAAAAUUGUGUUCAGAAAUCGCAAUGGAUCUAUCGGCUAACAUGAUCAUGCAGUUGCUCGCUCUUAUGUACUAUUAGCAAUUUAAUUAGAAUUGCUCCGAUUGAGUAUGUAGUUUUGUCAAUCAGAUGCCGCUUGCUGUUGAAUAUAAAUAUAGUGCCUCGCCCAUUUUCAUCAGUUCGAACUUUUGGUUCAGUUGGCUAGUGCAUCAAUCCGCUAAGGACUUUUAAUUAAUUAAUUAAUAAGUUUGCACUUUUGGUUCAAUUGGCUAGUGCAUCAAUCCUACAUUUGCGAACACUGAACUCAUUAAUUACAUGAGCAUUUGGUAUCUGUUUUUAUCAAGGGCCCUCGAUUAAUCUUAGUGUAAUCACCUCUUGCUAGGUUUCGCCCUCGCAUACUGAUCGAUGUGUCCACCAUCGACAUGACCACAUCUGUUCUUGGAUUGAAGAUCUCGAUGCCCAUCAUGAUUG